AUGCAACGCUGGAUUUACGAGCCAAGCGACCCAGCUAUUAUGGAGAGGAUGAAGUGCAUCGAUGAUCUAGGAUGCUUCAAUAUCGAUGGUGCCUUCUACCACCUAGUCCACCGGCCAAUCAACGUUCUGCCAGAUGACCGGCAUCGUAUCGGCACUAAAUACUUGCUCUUCACCAAGCACAAUCCAAACGAAGCCGAGCUAUUGAGUCCUGGCAACACUGUCGCACUGAACGAGUCCUUUUUCGACGCUAGUCUCGAUACGAAGGUCAUCGUACACGGAUUCGUGGACUCUUUGGAACUUGGAAAGUGGAUACAUAUUAUGAAGGACGAAUUCCUUAAACAUGGAGACUACAACGUAAUUGUGGUCGACUGGAGAGGCGGUAAUGGACCUCCUUACACGAAGGCGACUGCCAACACCAGAGUGGUUGGAGCAGAGCUGGCUCUACUCAUCAAGUUCAUCCACAACAGUACUGGCACACCUGUAGACAAAUUUCACAUCAUCGGUCACAGCCUCGGCGCCCAAAUAGGAGGCUACGCCGGUGAGCGCCUCUCGAAUCUGGGAAGGAUAACAGGACUGGAUCCUGCAGGGCCUUACUUCUUCAACAUGCCGCCUGAAGUUAGGCUGGAUCCAAGUGACGCUAAAUUUGUGGACGUUAUCCAUUCCGAUGCCAGUUUACCGCAUCAUCUGAUAACGAACCUAGGUAUUUUCACCGACAAGGGCUUCGGCAUAGAUCAGCUAAUCGGUCACGUAGACUUCUACCCAAACAACGGCAACAACCAGCCAGGAUGUCGCUUGUCUCAUAUCAACAGCUUGCUCUUGGAGGGCAUGCUUGAAAGCUUCAGGCGUCUCACAGCUUGCGAUCACCAGCGAUCUGUAGACUUUUUCACCUCCACCAUAAACACCCGGCUCUGCGUUCCUGUGGGUGUGGUGUGCAGGAGCUGGGAAGACUUUACUGCAGGACGAUGUGGAGGGUGUGCUUCGGGAACGGGAAGAUGUGCUGCCAUGGGAUUCUUAGCUGAUCGCAUGAGGAGGCUACCCAGAAAUAAUGAUUCCGUGAAGCUCUUUUUAAAGACCAACCCAGAACCACCAUUUUGCUUGUUUCAAUACCAAAUAAUAGUUAAGACAACCAGGUCAGUACCCCUGUGGGACCUGUUCGGUGAGGUCAUGCUUACUCUACCUGGUAUUGGUCAAAAGGUCGCCAUAAGGAUGAAUAAAAGCCCGUUCUCUUCAAAGACGGGAACGAAAUACACGUCCCUUCUUUCAACGAAGCAACGGCUAUUCGACGUCCAGAACGUGACGUUCCACUGGAAAAACUCUGUUGUAGAUGACGAGGGCCCAGUUCCAAAAAUACUCUACUUUAAGAUACGACCACUCGACCUCCACAUGUCGCCAAAAAGGGCACGUUUUUUGGAACCCUGGUUGUUCUGCAGCAAUGCAGGCGCUGCGCUCGUACCCGGCGACGUGUUCUUGGAACCAGCCGAAGACUGUGCUUCUUGGGAUUAUGACGACGAAUGGGAUCGAUGA